CCUGUUUCCUAGAACUAUGGUUUAGCGUUAUUGUUCUCUGAGACCAUGGGUCCAAAUCCUGGAGAGUAACAGUAUGCGACGGAAUUUGUAGCUAGCAACCAAACGGAAGUAGCAAAAGUUAGCUAACGUAGCUAGCUAGGUUAGGUUAUCUACCAGCUAGCGUUAGCUGGUUAACUUUGGCUUUUCCUUCAGAUCCGAAUCCGUUUUCGCAUGCAUUGGAAAUGGAAGAUAACGUCAGCUAGCUAGAUAGCUAACUAGCUAUAUAUAGCUGUCUUAUUAGCAAACACCAAGUUGCUUGACGAAAAAUUGCUAUGCUCGCCUGAGUGUGAAACUGCCAGUUCAGUAAAAGUAGACCACGGUCGAAUUGUAACUAUUUAAUUUGGUGUAAAUUUGUAACUUGCUAAUUAACUUGUAGGUAUCGUUACAUGCAUGACGAACGUCGUCGACAUCUAAUGUCCGUAAUGGAGGCCUUGACGCAAGCACUCUCCUCCAGUUUCUCUGUAUCCAGAGAGCCCAACAGCACAUCCGCUCCCCACCCGCGCCUGGGCCAGUAUAAGGCUAGAUAUAGCGCGCUAGAACAGCAUGAACGGCGGAGGAAAUUCCUGGAGCAGCAAAAACUGAAAAGACUCAACUACGUGAAUCAUGCCCGCCACUUGGCCGAUGGAGACUGGACGGGGACGGACAGUGAUGAAGAGGAGGAGAGACAAAAGAGCCUGUCACAGGAUGAAGCGGAAGAUGAAGGAAUGGAGAUUGAGCAACGACGAAAGCUGCCAAAGCACUACGCCAACCAGCUGAUGCUGUCAGAGUGGCUGGUGGAUGUCCCUGUGGAUCUAAGCUCUGAUUGGCUGCUCGUGGUCUGUCCUGUAGGGAAGCGCUCUCUUGUUGUUGCAUCUAAGGGUUCCACUGCGUCAUACACUAAAAGUGGGUACUGUGUAAAUCGUUUCCCCUCUUUGCUACCAGGAGGGAACAGGCACAAUUCAGCCAUAGGGAAAGAUUAUACCAUCCUAGACUGCAUUUACAGUGAAGUGGAUAGGACCUACUACAUCCUGGAUGUGAUGUGCUGGAGAGGACAUCCUGUAUAUGACUGUCCUACAGAGUUCCGGUUCUACUGGUUGCAGUCGAAGGUUGAAGAGGUGGAAGGACUGUCCGAGAUUGGCAAACGGAAUCCUUUCCGUUUUGUGAGUCUUAACAGCAUCAGCUGUUCAACAGAGUGCAUUCAGAAGACUUUGGCACAGGAUUAUAGCUUCAGCGUGGACGGACUCCUUUUCUACCACCGGGAGACUCACUACACGCCAGGCAGUACCCCGCUGGUGGGCUGGCUCAGGCCCUACAUGGUGGCAGACAUUCUGGGCAUGGAGGUGCCACAGUGCCCCCUCACCACAAAGCCCAACUAUGCCGGUCACCAGAUGCAGCAGAUUCUGGAGCACAAGAAGACGUCCACUGAGGUUCGGCCGGCAGAUCAGAAUGGGACAUAUGAGCUGGAGCAUCUCUCCACACCAGACACCCAGACAGAAGCUAACAAGCACAGAGAGGGCAUGGAGAGCUGAAGACUUGUGACCUUCCAGGCACAUCAAGUCCUACUCAAAGAUCCCACAUUAUAUAUGAUUGCCCUCAAAUAUUAAUACUGGCAUAAAGUUGACAUCCAUCAUUGACCAGUUGAAGGUUAAACUGCAUUUGUCAUAACAAUACAGAAAUAAACCUGUAUUGUACGUCUUGCUUUUAAAUAGGCUGUUUGAUCACGCUGCUGUGGUCACACACACAACCCCCCCCCC